AGGUUAUGAAACAAAGAACUUCAAAAAGAUGGCUUUUAGCCUUUUUGUUUUUGCCCAGAUGGGUUUUCAAGGGAGAAUGAUUGGCAUGUUCAAAACAGCCACUUACUUCUCAAUUAAGGCUCAUUAUCAAAUUACUAGUUGUGUUUGUGUAUGGGGAAGAUGAAGAAGAAGACAAUCCCUUGCUUCAUAAUGGAGUUGUGUGCAAACAAGGCAUUUCCUUUGCUUCACAACUUCCCUGUGUAAAGAUAGAGAUACAUAUAAACUUCAGAAACUGUUUCAGAAAUUUGAAAGAUAUCAAAAUCAAACACUGUUCAUUGUGAAAUCCUGUUCAGAAAAUUAUAAGCUAGAGAUUUAAGCAUAUGGAAACUUUGACUAGUCAAAGAAGAGUGAGUUUUUCUGAUUCAGGACAACAAAAAAGGGAUCCCACCAUCAAACCUAGAGACGGAAUUCCACAGAAAAAAACAAGAUCUUUCAAAGAGGAUAAAAAAGAGUCUAAGAAGUUACAAUGGUAUUUUUCAAACCAAAUGAAUGAGGAUUAUGAUUCAAAGAAUAUAGAGUUUGCAACUGCAGUUGCAUCAGCUGCAUUUGCAAUUCGCUCUAAAGAAGAAACAGAUUUACAAUAUCAGAAAAAGAAGAGAGAAAGCAUGGAAGCCUCAAUAACAAAGGUUAAAAGUAGAAAAGAUGACACAGCUGCAUUUGCUCCCAGAAUAACAAGACCAUUAUCUAAAAAGGAAACACAAACAACCAAUCCUGGUCAAUCUUCAAUAAAGAGGCCAAUGGAGCAGGAAAAGAGGGAAUCAGUGACUGGAAUUCCUAAACCUCCGGCACCGCCGAGACGAAGCCUCAUACCAAGUAGAGCAGAUGUGUGGGAGAGAAAUAAGAUGGAGAGGAUUAGUAAAAGGUAUCUGAAGAUAAAAGCUUCAAUUCUUGCCUGGGAAAAUGAGAAAAAAAUGCAUGCGAAACUUCAUAUGGAAAAGAAAAAGGAUGAAUUGGAGCGCAAAAAGGCGCUGUUCCAGCAAUAUUACCAUGAAAACAUUGCACGAAUUGACCAGAUUGCGGGGGGAGCAAGGGCACACCUGGAAGAGAAGAGAAAAAGGGAAGAGAAAAAAGCAAGAGAAACAGCCAACAGAAUCAGAUCAACUGGACGACUUCCUGUGACGUGUUUCUGCUUCCAGUAUCACUAAGAAAGAUUUGGUCUUGCGAACACAGAAACAUGAAAUCAUGCAACUUCUAUUUACUUACAUUUCAUCUAACCAGUUCUAAUCCAAAAUCACUCUCAAGUCAUUGUGCUGUGGUGUAAACUGUAUCGUAUGCUUCUUUCUUUGUGGCCACAAACACUCGAAGAAUGAUAUAUCUCAUUGCAUGUACAUAGAUAAGCACAGCUUUAAUCUUAAACACUUCAGACAAUAAUCAUGCAUAAAAUAAUUGAAGAAAAAAUAUACAAGUACAAGGUUUUUACAUA